AUGUUUGCCUUAUUGCGUGGAAUUUCGAUGUCAACAACAAAUUUUUUGGUCAAACCAUAUAACAAGACAAAAAAAGAAGAGGAGUCUACACCAAAAAUAUUGUGUACAAAGAGGUCCUCCCACACCCCAGGCAAGAAAUUCGAAGUGAAGGUGUCUGAUGAUGAAGUCCCAACAACUCAAUUUUCAACCAUCGAUCAUCUACGAAAAUAUGACACCAAUUGGCUCCUAAUGGUUAAGGUUCUUCGGAGAGGAACAAUAGUUACUUUCAAUAACAAUAUGUGCUCCGGAGAACUUUGGAAGGUUAUUCUAAUUGAUGAUGAGGGAGCAAGAAUUCAAGCUCUAAUGUUUACCGAUGCAAUUGCCAAGUUUGGAGACUUGUUUAAUGAAGAUAAGACGUAUCUCAUUUCUAAUGGAGUAGUGAACUCAACAAAUAAAAAAUUCAGCAAUGUACACAAGGAUAUUGAAUUGUCACUCACAAUCAAUACCAAUGUGCAAGAAGCCGAAACCGAAAUACUACCCUAUCAUAAGUUCUAA